UCAAACACAAAUAGUACGUACGUUUAUCUUGAAUCUGGUCGAAAUAUUUUACUAUUUAUCUUUAGCUAACACUUUUCUUGCCUUAUAUACCCUUUGAUCAUUAUCUACCACUACCAAGUGAAAAUUUGACUAUAAGAGGUGGUGGAAGUCAGCAAGAAACUGCAGUAGCUGCUCCAAAAGAAGAAACUUUUCAUUUUAUUUUCUGGCAGGUUCCCUCUCCCUCGCGCACACAGUUACUGGGGAGGCUGUUAAUUUCUCAGUAUCAAGUUGAUGAAAAUUUCUCCAAGUUCAUGGCCCAGCUUGUGAAAAAACUCUCAUUUUUCCUAGGGAUGCUCAAGGAGGUUACUGUGAUCUUAUUUCUUGGGUUGGCGGUAUGGGCAUAUCAGGCCACCCAGCCACCACCUCCAAAGAUUUGUGGAACCCUGGGUGGCCCUCCCAUUACAGCGCCUAGAAUGAAGCUGAGGGAUGGGAGGCAUUUGUCCUACAAGGAGCAUGGCGUCUCUAAAGAAACUGCCAAAGCUAAGAUCAUACUUGUUCAUGGUUUUGCCUCUACGAAACAUGAUAUAAUGAGUAUGACAGAACCCGUUCUGGAUGUUGUUGAGGAGCUGCGGUUGUACUUUGUGUCCUUUGAUCGGCCAGGUUACGGAGAAAGCGAUCCAGAUCCCAGGCGAACUCCUAAAAGUUUAGCUUUAGAUAUAGAAGAGCUUGCUGAUCAUUUAGGACUAGGAUAUAAAUUUUAUGUGAUGGGAUUCUCCAUGGGAGGCCAAGUGGUUUGGGGCUGCCUCAAGUACAUCCCUCAUAGGCUAUCAGGAGCGACACUAAUUGCUCCUGUUGUCAACUAUUGGUGGCCUGGCUUUCCUGCGAACUUAUCAGCAGAAGCCUACUACCGACAGAUACGACAGGAUCAUUGGGCAUUAUAUGUUGCUCACCAUGCUCCAUGGCUCACCUACUGGUGGAACACUCAGAAAUGGUUUCCUGCAUCAGCUGUUAUAUCCAUGAAGCCUGAUAUUUUAUCCCGCCAGGAUUUAGAACUCCUACCCUUGAUCGCAGAGAAGAGAAGCAACAGGCCACAAGCAACGCUGCAAGGAGUGUUUGAAUCCUUACAUCGAGACCUGAUGAUUGGAUUUGGGAAGUGGGAAUUUGAUCCCAUGGACCUUGAGAAUCCUUUUCCUAACAAUGAAGGCUCAGUUCAUCUAUGGCAGGGUGAUGAAGAUAUAAUGGUGCCUUUUAGCUUGCAGCGAUAUAUUGCCCAAAGACUUCCAUGGAUUAACUACCAUGAGGUUCCUGGUGCUGGACAUUUAUUCACCGCAAUCCCACAGAACUUCGGACAGAUUUUAAAGGUUCCUUUUCUGGGAAGGGAUUGAUCCUAUUUGUUGUAGGGCUAGGUGGGUGAACAGUGCAUCCCUGAUUAUGUUCAAGCAUUUUGUAUGUCUUUCUGCUGUACAAACCAUGUGUCUGCAACUGAGAUUUGGUCACGUUGCAAAAAUGUAAUAUUUCGACACUACAUUUCACAGCUUAGCAUUAGCUGGUUGGCGUUUCCAUUA